GAGAGAGAGAGAGAAAUAUCACAGCUCAGCCAGUCGAGCAAUCUGGGAGGCUACUGUCACGCACCCUGCGCACAGAAGCGACCAGCCGUGCGCCUUCUUCAUGCGCGGGUUCAGCACCGCACUGAGCUGGACAGGAUACUCACGGACAGAUGGAAACACACCGAGUCUCUGCCAUAGAGACAGAGGGUCCACCCGUACAGCAAGUGCAUAAGGAGGAGAAGUAUUCGCCGGUACUCUAGGGCUGCAUUCCUAUCUUCAGAGGGGACAGCAUGGACAGAACAGUUAUCGUUAAAAUGGUAGUCUCAAAAAUUCGAUCCUAACAAGAGGGAAUUUGCAGGAAAGUGCGAACGAAGGAUUUGACCGGCUUGUCGGCGAUUUGUAUUAUAGCCUAGCACUUCAGUAAGUUGCUCGGGAGAAUGGAAAAGCCCACCCAGCCUCAGCUGCAGUCGAGCAUAUCCAAGAGCGCAGAAGGUCCCUCAGAGGACCUUUCCAAACUUACGGAUGAGGAGCUUCUGAAAUGGAGCAAGGAGGAGCUGGUUCGCCGGCUCCGCAGAGCCGAAGCUGAGAAGAUGAGCGUCAUAGUGGACCACAGCAAUCUUAUUCGAGAGGUGAACCGCAGGCUUCAGCAGCAUCUCAACGAAAUACGGGGGCUGAAGGAGGUGAAUCAGAAGCUGCAAGAGGACAACCAGGAGCUGCGGGACCUCUGCUGCUUUCUGGAUGAUGACCGGCAGAAAGGGAAAAAGGUGUCGAGGGAGUGGCAGCGCCUGGGCCGCUACAGCGCAGGGAUCAUGCGUAAGGAGGUGACGCUUUACCUGCAGAAGCUGAAAGAGCUGGAGCAGAGGCAGGAGGAAGUGGUGAGGGAGAACCUUGAACUGAGAGAGCUGUGCCUCAUGUUGGAUGAGGAGAAGGGCUCUGGAGGUACCGGCGGGUCAGCGGGUACCGGACCAAUCGGCUGCAGGAGUUCAAUCGAUAGUCAGAGCAGCCUGUCUCAUGCUAGUGGCCCUGGGCCUGGCCUACUAAGGGAUGUGGGUGACGGGAGCAGUACCUCCAGCGCGGGCAGCACCGACAGCCCUGACCAUCUCACACAUAAGCAGCAGCUGUUGGGCGGCCCGGUUGGAGGCAGUCCUGACCACCUACAUAAGCCAGGCUCAGGGGAGGAGGCAAAGGGUCUUGAGCAAGCAAGCCGAAGACAUAGCACCAGCCAGGAGUACACAGCACAUACCUUUCCCCAGGUGUGCCGGUCUCGCUGCGGGUCCUUCUCCAGUCCGGACCAUAAGGGCCUGCGGGGUCUCAGUCCAGAGAAACUUGCCAAGAGAGGCAGCCCAGAGCAGUUCUCAAAACACUUACUGGUGUCCUCUCAGCCGCCUGGCAGCCCAGACCUUUUCCAGAAGCACAGAGGUAGCAUGGGUAGUGUGUGUGGGAGUCCAGAGCCCAAACAGAUUCUAUCAGGGACACCGGAGCACCUACAGAAGGGCCGUGUCAUAUCUGGGAGCCCUGAGUUGUUGAGGCAUCAGCAUGGCAAGUUUGGCAGCCCCGGCCGAGAGGUGGUACAGAAGAGGCCGGGCGUAGAGGAGAUGUCCCCUCAUCACCGGAGCAUCUAUAGCGGUAUGAACGGUGGGUCCGAUUGGAGCCUGCUGUAGCACCCACAAUGAGAUAUACGGAGUCCCAUUUGAGUACACCACAUGCAGAGGGGAUGGUCAUUCUUCAUCCUGGAGCCAGCAAAGCCCCAAUUCCCAGCCAGGCACUAAACCAUCCCAUUCAGCCAGCCAUGAUCUGCAUUUAGUUUAGUUUUGCUUUGUUCAGUUCAGGAGAGGCCAUGGCCAGAUAGAGCAGGGGCUUUAGUGUCUGGCUAGAGCAGAACAUCUCAUCUCUGGUAAAGGUCGGUGGUGUCCAGUCUUGGUCCUCUUGGGCCAUGAUUUUAGCAGGCUUUAGCUGCUUCCUAUCAAUCAGCCUCUGUACCUGUGCCUCCGAAGCCAUUUUUAAUGCUCUGGAACCCAGCUGAGGGAACACUGUAAUCAAUCAAUGAAAGACCAAAAAGCUCAGAGGCCCAACAAAAGCCAGAAGACAGUGCUGCCCAGGAGGACCAGGAGUGGACACCAUUGUACUUGCCAUAUGCAUGCAGGUGAGUGGAGUGGCAAAGUAUGAGUCAGCAACACUUGAGAAGGAGCAGGAUUAAGAAAAGCCCUUUCUUCCCCCCUUUUCUUAUGUUCCUACACUUUCCUCUAUUGUAACUUCCAAAAAAGGAUUUCCUUUUUUCAAAACUUAGUUUUUCUAGUUUAAAUAAAUCAGAAAAGUUUCUUUCAAUUUCAAUAAGUUUAAAUUUUACUUGAAUUCAAAUUUGAAUUGCAAUUCUACCUUCUGUUUGCCAUCUCAUUUCAAAUUUAGGAUUUUAAUUGGAAUUUUAAAGGCAUUCUCAGUUAUUUUUUUAAAUAGUAACCACCCUGGUGCAUAUGCUGAAUGUUGCAACCCACAAAUGUUCUUGAAUUACACACACAGAUAUAUACUUUGCAUAUGCACACAACACCCAGAAUAGUUUCAACUCCUACAGUAUACUACAUUCGCCUCCAUAUACCCAGCAUAAGGCUCAUAAACACCUCAGCAGUAGAAAAAAAAAAACCUUCACACACACACACCACAAGGUGCUGGUACAGAUCUCAGCUGGGUCUUGUCACGCUUGUUCAUUUUUGUAGCAUCAUUUUGAUGAUCGCGCUUGUAGUUUCUGACUUUAUGAGUUCAAAUCAAUGGCUUUGGGCUACCUAAUGCUCAUCUAAGUUAUUGUAUCAUGUCAGAAUUACACUUUACUGGAUUAAAGAAAAAAUGGUGUGUAUCCUCUUUGAGUGAAUUAUAAAUUAAAAAUGAAUUUGCUUCGAA